UUGAUAGUCACUCUGUCAGAGCUAAAGCAUUCUUCUGUGGAGAGAGAAGAACCUUCCAGAAGGACAACCACCAAUCAGGUAAUCACCAGGCCUACAGGGAAGCAUGGUGGUGGCAGCAUCAUGCUAUGGGGAUGGUUUUCAGCGUCCGGAACUGAGAGACCAGCCAGAAUAGAGGGAAAGAUGAAUGCAGCAAUGUACCGUGACAUCCUGGAAGGAAAACACACUUCCCAUCCAACCCGAGGGAGCUUGCCCAAAGGACAUAACACGAGGCUGUUAGCGAGCUUGUCAGGGUGGCGCUCGCUUUCCCGUUAUGUUGGAGGAGCUGUUAUUUCUGAUCGUCUGCAUUUGCAGAUGAUGAGCCAAGAAGACGCCAACGAGGAAUCGUCGAACAGGAAGCUUUAUUUCUUUCAGCCAGCUUCAGACUGGAACUGCAGUUUCCAGGAGCCUGGGGGCCGGUCAGUCAACCUGUUUCCUGUGAUCGGUUCGAGUCAGGUGACCUCCAACCCCUAUCCUCUACUCCUACUUAUGAUGAGCCAAGAAGACGCCAACGAGGAAUCGUCGAACAGGAAGCUUUAUUUCUUUCAGCCAGCUUCAGACUGGAACCGCAGUUUCCAGGAGUCUGGGGGCCGGUCAGUCAACCUGUUUCCUGUGAUCGGUUCGAGUCAGGUGACCUCCAACCCCUAUCCUCUACUCCUACUUAUGAUGAGCCAAGAAGACGCCAACGAGGAAUCGUCGAACAGGAAGCUUUAUUUCUUUCAGCCAGCUUCAGACUGGAACUGCAGUUUCCAGGAGCCUGGGGGCCGGUCAGUCAACCUGUUUCCUGUGAUCGGUUCGAGUCAGAUGAUGAGCCAAGAAGACGCCAACGAGGAAUCGUCGAACAGGAAGCUUUAUUUGUUUCAGCCAGCUUCAGACUGGAACUGCAGUUUCCAGGAGCCUGGGGGCCGGUCAGUCAACCUGUUUCCUGUGAUCGGUUCGAGUCAGGUGACCUCCGACUCCUAUCCUCUACUCCUACUUGGGAGGAAGAUCCUGUUGACUGUUGACUGUGAGACCUGUUGUUUCCAUUUCAAAAACAAGCGCAAACAUGAAUAGAAGGACUGUGCCUGUCUCGUUAUCAACCUUAAGACGAAGGACACGUGUCAACUUUCAUCAAAAGCUGGCCAAGAUAUGACGUUUCUGUUGUCCGAACUUGUGACAACUACAGAGACGCAUCAAAAAUAAUGCAACAAUAUGGAAAGAGCUACAACACCUCAGACCUGCAAUCUGAGGCAGAGAAUGAGGAGCUGCCAGAAAAAAAGGAACAGGAAGCCAGUGUAAGUGUGUUCUGUCUUGUUUUUGUCAUGUUUCUACAGUAAUAGGAAGGUUAUUUCCGGUAGCAUUCAAAAAUAGACCAAAGAUGCUUGUACUAUAUGUAUAUUUGGCAAUUUUGGUAAUGCAAUAAUCCUAAUGAUAUGCAGCGGUGGGUAGUAACGCGCUACAUUUACUCAGUUACAUUUACUUGAGUAACUUUUGGGAUAAAUUGUACUUCUAAGAGUAGUUUUAUGCAACAUACUUUUACUUUUACUUGAGUAUAUUUAUAGAGAAUAAACGCUACUUUUACUCCGCUCCAUUCAUGUACAUUCAGCUCGUUACUUGCUACUUUUUUUUUAUCGAUCUAUUAAUGUUUGUUUUGGUUUUUCAAAAUAGGAUCUACGCAUGCCUGCGUUUCACCAAUCACAUGUAGUCACUGGUGACGUUGGACCAAUCAAACAGAGCCAGGCGGUCACGUGACCGUCUCACGUCUAAUCCGAUUUAAAAAAGUUUAAAAACUUAUUGGAGUGUUACCAUUUAGUGGUCAACUGUUCGAAAUAUGUACUGUACUGUGCAAUCUACUAAUAAAAGUUUCAAUCUAUCAACCAAUCAAUCAAAAGUAUAAAGGAAAAAAGACACUUUUUAUUUCAACCAUACUUCCCGUCAAAAGCCUAAAGACUGAUCGCACAGUUCCUGUCUUCACAAUAAAAGCGCCGCUCCAUCGCGCCUGCGCUAACAAAAUAAGAGUCUCAGAAAGCCAGAGCAAACAAGCUAGCAAGCUACGGAGUUUGCCGCCAAUGUAUUUCUUGUAAAGUGUAUAAAAACGAAUAUGGAAGCUGGACAAAUAAGAUGCCAAAAACCAACAACUUUCAUGUGGUUUUAGACAGAAAAGAGGAACUUUUUUUCUCCUCCAUUUGAAAACCGGGACGUUAUCAGCACUACUGUCAGGUAAUACACCAACUUAUAUUUUUGUCUUCAUUAAAGAUAGGAAUCUAUGUGUUAAACAUGCAUGUAUAUUCAUUAAAACACCUUUAACAUGUGAACAAAAACGGCAAAAUAAAUAAAUAUAAAUCAUAUACUGUAUAUAUAAAGGUAUGUAUAUAUAUGAUAUGUGUGUAUGUAUAUAUGAGGUAGAUCACCUCGACUUGGUCUUUUAUUAAGUAAUUGAUAAACGUUGAAAAACUUAUUCGGGUGUUACCAUUUAGUGGUCAAUUGUACGGAAUAUGUACUGUACUGUGCAAUCUACUAAUACAAGUUUCAAUCAAUCAAUCAAUCAAUCAAUGUGUACUGAGGCUAUGGUGCUGUUAAGUUAUUGUGGCUCAAUUUGCCUUAAUUUUUAUUUUAUUUUAAUGUAUUAUUAUUUAAUAUAUAAUAUUGUUUUAGUUGCUUAAGAGAUAUUCCUGGCUGUGAAUUUGCUCAUUGCUAUUUUUAUGUUUUUGUGCGUUAUUUGUUGCCGUAAUCAUUAAACAAACAGGUUACUCAUCAGUUACUCAGUACUUGAGUAGUUUUUUCACAACAUACUUUUUAAUUUUACUCAAGUAAAUAUUUGGGUGACUACUUCUUACUUUUACUUGAGUAAUAAAUCUCUAAAGUAACAGUACUCUUACUUGAGUACAAUUUCUGGCUACUCUACCCACCUCUGCUCAUCAGUUACACAGUACUUAUUUACUUGAGUAGUUUUUUCACAACAUACUUUUUACUUUUACUCAAGUGAAUAUUUGGGUGACUACUCCUUACUUUUACUUGAGUAAUACAUCUGUAAAAUAACAGUACUCUUACUUGAGUACAAUUUCUGGCUACUCUACCCACCUCUGAUCUUACUUAGAUUUCAGUUUUUGCAGUCUAUAUUGUGUUUUUUUGGCGAUUACUGGAUUAAUUGAUCAGACUAAUUGCCGGAUUAAAAAAAUAAUGGAUAGCGGCGGCCCUGAAAUAUUCCCUCCUGGCGUCUUGACCAUCGUGCUGUGCUGAGCCAACAUGUGUUGUUGUUUUCAAAAUGGUUGCGUCAACAAAGAAGAAGAGGUGUUGAGGCCGCACUGGAAGUGAUGAUUCACACGUUAAAUGUAAGUAGCGUAGCUCCGCCAGCUAAGAAUCAUCACAUCACAGGAGUCUCCCCGUUUAUUCGCCGACUACGAAGCAGCUCUAGGGUCGGCGCCGAGAUGACAUCAUUAGCGUCGCCGCUCUGUGUCAAAUUCCCUUUGAGCCGCAGACGGGUUUUAAUCGCUGGCGACUUGGCAGGUUGCGGCGUAUUUUGACACAACUUCUAGGACGUUUCACAGCGACUGUCAGGCGUGGUGAUCGUCAACUUUGCAUAUUUUUGCAUUAUUAUUCACAAAUGUGAAGAAAUGUCCUCCCUUUUCUACUGGAGACAAUUUGGGGUCCGCCUUCUUUGCCCCAAGAGCUCCUUUGAUCACUUAUGGUACCUAACUACUGUACUUUAUUCAUUCAUUAUUGUAGCAAAGCUGUGUUGAUAAAUGUUAAUCGUUUAAUAUUAAAAUCAGUGAGAUUGGCACAUUGUGUAAAUGGUAAAUAAAAACAAAAUACAAUGUGUAGCAGAUCCUUUUCAACAUAUGUUUAAUUGAAUAGACCGCAAACACAAUAUAUUUAACAUUCGAACUGGAAAACGUUAUUUUUUGCAAAUAUUAGCAUAUUUAAAAUUUGAUGUCUGCAACAUCUUUCAACAAUGCUGGCACAAGUGGCAAAAAAGACUGAAAAAGUUGAGGAAUGCUCAUCAAACACUUAUAUGGAGCAUCCCACAGGUGAACAGGCUAAUUGGGAACAGGUGAUUGGCUAUGAAACAUGCUCAGUCAUUCACAAACAAGGAUGGGACGAGGGUGACCACUUUGUCAACAAAUGCGUGAGCAAUUUGUCGAACAGUUUAAGAACAUUUCUCAACGAGCUAUUGCGAGGAAUUUAGGGAUUUCACCAUCUACAGUCCGUAAUAUCAUCAAAAGGUUCAGAAAAUCUGGAGAAAUCACUGCACGUAAGCGAUGAUAUUACAGACCUUUGAUUGUUUAAAGGAUAUCACCACAUGAGCUCAGGAACACUUAAAAAACACUGUCAGUAACUCACAGAUGGUCGCUACAUCUCUAAGUGCAAGUUAAAACUCUACUGUGCAAAGUAAAGCCAUUUAUCAACAACACCCAGAAACGCUACCGGCUUCACUGGGCGCGAGCUCAUCUAAAAUGGAUUAAUGCAAAGUGUAAAAGUGUUCUGUGGUCUGACGAGUCCACAUUUCAAAUUAUAUUUGGAAACAGUGGACGUGGUGUCCUCCGGAACAAAGAGGAGAAGAACCAUCUGGAUUGUUCUAGGCGCAAAGUUCCAAAGCCAACAUGUGUGAUGGUAUGGGGGUGUAUUAGUGCCCAAGGCAUGGGUAACUUACACAUCUGUGAAGGCACCAUUAAUGCUGAAAGGUCCAUACAGGUUUUGGAACAACAUAUGUUGUCAUCCAAGCAACGUUAUCAUGGACGCCCCUGCUCAUAAAAUAAUGUGGCGGACUACAUAAAAUAAUGUGGUGGGCUACAUAAAAUAAUGUUCUAUGCUACUUCAAAUAAUGUGGCAGACUACAGUACAUAAAAUAAUAUGACGGGCUACAUAAAAUAAUAUGGCGGGCCACUUCAAAUAAUGUGGGCAGACUACAUAAAAUAAUAUGGAGGACUACAUAAAAUAAUAUGGUGGUCUACAUAAAAUGGUGGGUUAUACAAAAUAAUGUUGCAGACCACUUUAUAUAAUGUGGCGUACUACAUAAAAUAAUGUUGCGGGCCAAGUCAAAUAUUGUGGCGGACUACAUAAAAAAAAUGUGGUGGUGUCCAUAAAAUAAUGUGGCGGUCUACAUAAAAUAAUGUUGCGGGCCAUGUCAAAUAUUGAGGCGGACUACAUAAAAUAAUGUGGCGGGCCACUUCAAAUAAUGUUGCAGAGUGCAUAAAAUAACAUGGUGGUCUACAUACAAUAAUGUGGUGGUCUACAUAAAAUAACAUGGCAGGCCAAUUUAAAUAACUUGGCGUACUACAUAAAGUAAUGUUGCGGGCCACGUCAAAUACUGUGGCGGACUACAUAAAAUAAUGAGGCAGGCCACGUCAAAUAAUGUUGCGAGCCAUUUCAAAUAAUUGUGGCGGACUACAUAAAAUAAUGUGGCGGACUACAUAAAAUAACGUGGUGGUCUACAUAAAAUAAUGUGGCGGUCUACAUAAAAUAACGUGGUGGACUACAUAAAAUAAUGUAGUUGUCUACAUAAAAUAAUGUGGUGGACUACAUAAAAUAACGUGGUGGACUACAUAAAAUAAUGUAGUGGUCUACAUAAAAUGAUGUGGCGGUCUACAUAAAAUAAUGUGGUGGACUACAUAAAAUAAUGUGGUGGACUACAUAAAAUAAUGUAGUGGUCUACAUAAAAUAAUGUGGUGGACUACAUAAAAUAUUGUGGUGGACUACAUAAAAUAAUGUAGUGGUCUACAUAAAAUAAUGUAGUGGUCUACAUAAAAUAAUGUGGUGGACUACAUAAAAUAAUGUAGUGGUCUACAUAAAAUAAUGUAGUGGUCUACAUACAAUAAUGUGGUGGACUACAUAAAAUAAUGUGGUGGACUACAUAAAAUAAUGUGGUGGACUACAUAAAAUAAUGUAGUGGUCUACAUAAAAUAAUGUAGUGGUUUACAUACAAUAAUGUGGUGGACUACAUAAAAUAAUGUGGUGGACUACAUAAAAUAAUGUGGUGGUCUACAUAAAAUAAUGUAGUGGUCUACAUACAAUAAUGUGGUGGACUACAUAAAAUAAUGUGGUGGACUACAUAAAAUAAUGUGGUGGACUACAUAAAAUAAUGUGGUGGUCUACAUAAAAUAAUGUGGUGGACUACAUAAAUUAACGUGGUGGACUACAUAAAAUAAUGUGGUGAUCUACAUAAAAUAAUAAGGCGGGCCACUUCAAAAAUAGCAUUUUAGUACUAAAGUACUCAAUGAGAGUGGAAAUUUGACCCUGGAACAAAUGAUUUCCUUUAUUUUAUCUGGUAAAAUUAAAAUCCACAUACAACAGGUUAUUUUUUUGGGGUGGAAAUUUCACAAAUAUAGUUUUAGCUAUUUUGCAAGGCACGGUCAUGUAAAUGAGCAAAUAUUGCUUAAAUUCCUAUUCCAGUCCACCUGUUGCCGGGCAGACUUCAUAAGGCUUAAUGAAAAUAAUGAACUUAUGUUACUGAAACUGCGUAUAUAUUUUAAAAUCACUUUACACAUUCCACAAUUGAAUCAGUACUCUAUAUUGACUUUAAAGUAUAGAAGGGAACCCUUCAUAAAACUAACCUAAUGUACAAUAAUGGCUUUGAUUCUGGCAAAAAAAGAAAUGACUAAAAGUGUUCUCACUCUCAUGUGGCAGCCGUGCUAUCAUGGUAUUUUAUAUAGUAAGGAACAAUUAGGGUGGAACAAUGUGUGAAAGUUGUCAGCUGUGUAAAAGAAUGUUGGGCCUGUAUGGUGACGUGAGAGACAGCUGUGGAGGCGGAACAUUAAGACAGCUUGUUAGCCAUGUUGUUGCUCACCAAUACAGACCAUGUGUCAUUAUUUCCACUCUACCAAUCUUUCUUCCGGUCUCCGGGACACUCUGCAUAUUUACAAUAGUUGAUAAAAGAGGAGUUUGCAUUGACUCUGCAACUGCGGUGCAUUGUUGCAGGUACAAGAAAAAACGGAGUCAAUGCAGUUUUAUUGUUUCAAUUACAAAUCAUUUUUGAAGAUGCAAUUAUUGCUUAUUUACUUGAAGACAAGCGACGUCAUUUGGUAUUUCUUGGAUUGUCAUUACUGAGUCAGGGGCCGUCAGUUUUGACGGCGGAAAGCAAUGAUUGGUGCUUAGAACUGUCAAUCACAGACACAUCUGCUCCAUGUGGCGAUGUACCAUGAAUUGAUUAACGUGGACCCCGACUUAAAGAAGUUGAAAAACUUAUUGGGGUGUUACCAUUUAGUGGUCAAUUGUACGGAAUAUGUACUGUACUGUGCAAUCUACUAAUAAAAGUAUCAAUCAAUUAAUCCAAAAAA